UCUCAUUAACCUCACUCAUUGUUGAUAUUGUGUCAAAGUUAGGCCCCUUAUUUCCGUGCAAGUAAACCCCAUAGCCAUGGCCAAGGCAGCGCUGUUUGUGUGUUUAGGCAAUAUCUGCCGCUCGCCCAUAGCAGACGCCGUAUUUAGCCAUUUGGUCAAAGAACGGGGGCUGGCAGACAAGUGGAAGGUGGACAGUGCGGCGAUCGGGGGCUGGCAUGCGGGCAACCCUCCCGAUUCCCGGGCCAGCCGCACGUUGCUGAACCACAAUGUUCCUUACAACGGCCGAGCGAGGCAGAUAGAAGAGUCGGAUUUUUUCGACUUUGACUACAUCUUUGGCAUGGACAAUAACAACAUCAGCAACUUGAAGGGGCAACAGCCGGAAGGCAGCAAGGCCAAAAUCCUGCUGCUGGGGGACUUUGAUCCGGAGGGCGACCGAAUCAUCCGGGAUCCAUACUAUGAUUCUGGAUCGCAGGGCUUUGAAAAGUGCUACCAGCAAUGCGUUAGGUCUUGCAACGGAUUCUUGGAUCGUGUGGCACAGGGACAGAUUUAACUAGGGCCCCUAAACAAACUGUAUAUUCCAACAAAAGAAAAUGUUGCCUCCUAAUAUAACUGUCAGUGUUUGAAAAAAGUUCUGCUAAAAAUCGUCUUCAAAUAAAGCGUCCAGGUCCACAUCA